AUUUAAACUGACUUCUAGGCUUCACCGAUGAGAAUCAAUAAUUUAAUACGACGAGUGAUUUAAAGUGUCACACAUUUACACUGUGGAAAAAAUAGAAUGAAAUGAACUCUCAGUAUGAUAAAUGACCAAAUAGUGGACGACUGGGACUGCCGUGGUGCCAGGAGAACAGCUGCAUACAGCAUGAGGCUACACCAGCUGAUCUGUCUGUCCUUUUGGUGAAACUUAUCAAUUAUACUAACUUUUUAUUGUGUGUCUACGUCAGAACACGCUGUGGGAAACCGGAGGAUUUGGAGAGAUACAGUAGCCGCAGCAGAAAAAAAAAGAUAUUGAAGAACACCGAGCCACAACAACUGUGUGAUGUCACGAGUCGGCGGUGAAAUCCAACACCAGCAGCUGGAGUGGAGCUGAGUUGGAGUGCUGGUUAGGGUGAGUGCGGAUCCCCUUGCAUCAGUGCAAGUCAAGGCACAUAGCAGAAACCACCGCCUGGAGGUAAAGACGCGCGGAGAGACUUGGGGAAGGAGAGGGGAGGGAGAGUGAGGCUGUGUGCUGAGACCACUCUGUGAAGACAUCUCUCUGAUUCUCUCUAAAUCUCACACCACAGUCGCGUUUGACGCUCCUGCAGCCUGACCAGCAGCCGUGGAAAAGCUGUGCAACACUUGCGCGCCUCCAGUUUUUCUUGGAUAGAAAUCAGCGCUGAUCAGUGCGCGCAGAUGAUCUGAGGCGCAGCAGGAGAGAAGAGAGAGAGAGAGAAGAGAGAAGAGAGAGAGAGAGUUCCUGGACGAGGCAGAGAGAUCUCUCCUCUCUGGACUUGUAGUAACGAUGAGGAAAUUCUGACUUGGCACAUCUCCUGCCGGGCACUUUUACGCGUCGUUUGGCUUCGACCAAAGGGUGAAGCCCAUGAACAGGUAUCCUCCUCUUCAGUGUGAUUCUGUUUUCACCCAGAUCUCUGCUGCCUGGACAAAUGCAUACAAAUGCAUUUAGGAGCUCAACGGACAAGGAGUGGACACGUUUCCGCGGCAGCAACGUGGAACCUUUUCCUGCUCCUGUCAGUAUGCUCUGCAGUGCUCUCUGGAGACAAAGACUACCUAGCUCAAGGAGCCGACAUCCUCUAUCGAUUGGGGCUUACAGAUCAAAACACAGACCGUCCCUACGGGAGGAUAAGUUCACCAUUGACCCCUCACACCACUGUUCCCUCAUAUUUAACCCCUCCUGUAGCUGGAUAUGGGGUGUUAGUAGACUCAAACUCCCUCUAUGAGGCCCCAGCAGAAAGUCUGUUCCCUGCAGAGUUUGGUGAGGAGUUCUCUGUUGUCAUUAGUCUAAGCUCCUGGCGAGCAAACAAUGCUUUUCUUUUUAGUGUUAAGGACAGCAGAGACAGGCUCCGUUUUGGCAUUCAGCUGCUGCCACGGAGAGUGGUGGUUUACACAGCAGAGAAAGCCUCCAUCUACUUCACCUACAACUGGCAGGAUGGGCGCCAGCACCAUUUUGCCGUUGGCGUUCGCACACGCUCAGUGACCUUUUACGCGGACUGUGGUGCGGUGCAGCAGCAGGAGCACACCCUAGGAAGAUCUCAGGCACUGAGGGAUUCUGGGGGUCUCUUCACUCUGGGCAGGAUGAACUCCAAAGCGGCAGCAUUUAAUGGUCGAGUCUGCCAACUAGAUAUUUAUCCCUCAGCUCUUGCUGCUGCGCACUACUGCAGCUACCUUAAAAAACAGUGCAGAUUGGCCGACACUUACCGAUCGCCUUCUCCGCACCAUGCCUUGGAUGCAGAGGCGAAUGACCAACCAUCUAGUCCUUCUACGAUGCCCUUUGUUGGAGUAGUAUCGACCCAUCCAAACCCCGUGAAAACCACAGCGGUCCCCAACCAGUCUGCCACGAGUUUAUCCCCAGACACAGCUCUGAGCCCGACAGUACCAUAUUUUGAGGAGGACCAGAGCGACAGUUCUGAAUUGGAUUUCUUUACCGACUACACAACAUCCUCACCUUGGUCCGACAGCUCAACUGCUUCAGCUGUGGGUGACCAAGCAGUUUUGGAUCUUGCCUACACAACAACGAUCUUGAGUAGCAGGAAAGAGUUUCCAGAAGAAAGUACCCCCCAGGAUGAUGGUGCUUUUGUAGAAAACACAACCCCAGGCCUGAUUUCACCUGAAAGAGAAAGUCAACGGAAAGAAGGAGUCGGGAACAACUCGGUCAUUGGCACUGCUGACACUCGGUUUCACCACAACAAUCACCUUCCUCAUGUACGGGUUAAUGGCACCACCUUGUACAGGGAGGAUCAGGUGGACAGCUCAGAACAGUCCGAUCUGGACGACAGCUAUGAUGACGUCGACAUGGGGGCUUACGAUUAUGGAUACGAGGGUCCAGACUUCUUCUACGAGUACGAAGAUGGAUUCCGAGGCCCCAAAGGAGAGCCAGGUCUUCCGGGUCCUCCUGGUCCCCCUGGUUUACCUGGACCUCCAGGAAAAAGAGGUUCUCGGGGUCCCAGAGGUCCACAUGGAAAUCCAGGACUGCCAGGACUUCCGGGACCCAAGGGGGCAAAAGGAGACCCUGGACUUUCUCCAGGCCAGGCUUCACCAGGAGAAAGGGGAGAUAGAGGUCCACCAGGUUUGCCUGGAGCAGAUGGAUUUCCAGGACCACCAGGUCCUAAAGGUUAUCAAGGCGCACCAGGACUGCCAGGAGAACCAGGCGUACCAGGACCUCCUGGGGAAACUGGGGCUGCAGGUUACCCUGGCAGGCAGGGCCCAGCUGGACCAGAGGGUGAGCCGGGGCCUAAAGGUGUCCGUGGUUUUAUUGGACUUCCUGGUGUUGCUGGACCACUUGGACUGCAGGGGGAGAAAGGAAUCCCUGGUCCUGUUGGAAAACCUGGCCCUAAAGGAAGACACGGUACGAUUGGUGAUGUAGGAGAGAGGGGGCCUCCUGGUCCUGAUGGAAAGGAGGGGCCUGUUGGUGGACCUGGCAUUAGUGGAUUUCCCGGUCUGAGGGGGGACCCGGGGCCUGAGGGACCACGAGGGCUGCCUGGUCUCCCAGGACCUCAGGGCCCUGCAGGACGAGGCGGCCUGCCUGGAUUGAAAGGUGAUAAGGGUGAAGUGGGACACAGGGGGGAACCAGGAGAGAUGGGUUACCAGGGCGACAAGGGAGCUGCUGGUCAGCCUGGUCCAGCCGGGCCUAAAGGAAAACCAGGACCACCGGGUAGAAUCGGCGAAAUAGGGCCACAAGGACUACCUGGGCCUCCAGGACCAGAGGGCUUUCCUGGUGACAUUGGAAUACCAGGGCCUAACGGUCCACCAGGACCAAAGGGUUUACAAGGAGACAGAGGACCCCCAGGUCCUUCAGGGCCAAAAGGAACAGAGGGUGACGAAGGACCGCUUGGACCACCUGGAAAUGCUGGCCCCACUGGAAGACCUGGACGAAAAGGCCCCAUCGGUGAACCUGGUCCUGAAGGUUUAGUGGGAGAGAAAGGAGACAUGGGAAAUGUUGGGAAAGUCGGACCACCAGGUCCAGUCGGCCUGAUCGGAGUAGCUGGUGUGAUGGGAGUUCCUGGUGAAAAGGGCGACCGGGGUCCAGCUGGUCCUACAGGUCCAGUCGGGGAGAAGGGGCCGAGGGGUUAUCCAGGAUUACCAGGAGGUCCAGGGGACAUCGGUAUGCAAGGGGCAUCUGGUCCACAGGGUCAGAGGGGCAUUCCAGGUGUCGCUGGGCCAAAAGGAAGAAGGGGGCCCAUGGGACCUGACGGCCCACUGGGUGAACCAGGUCCAGAAGGUCCUAAGGGAGAAAGAGGUGACAUCGGACCGAAAGGAGAACCAGGAUUUAUCGGAAAGGCUGGCAGUCCUGGAGAGAGGGGCCCAUCUGGGAAACCUGGAAAACCAGGUCUUCCAGGCAGCGCUGGUGAGAGGGGGCUACAUGGGGAACCAGGACCUAGAGGACCUCCUGGAGAUCCAGGGCCUGAUGGAGAGCAAGGAUCUGAAGGCGCCCCUGGUGCUGAAGGUGAACCGGGUCAUAUUGGAGAACGAGGUCCAAAGGGCAACGCUGGGCCACCAGGGGCUGAGGGGGAGCAGGGGCAAGAGGGCAUAAGAGGUUCACCUGGUCCUCCUGGUGAAGAUGGUCCUCAAGGAAAAGAUGGGCACAAGGGUGAGCCUGGUGAUGGUGGACCUAUCGGUGAACCUGGGGAUAAAGGUAUAGAAGGAGAACCGGGGCCCCCAGGACUUCCUGGAGAGCCUGGAAAACAAGGCUUUCGUGGACCUGAAGGAAAACCAGGGCCACCAGGAAACAGAGGACGGCAUGGAAAGAAGGGGGAGAAAGGUCCUUCAGGUCUUGCUGGUGAGACUGGCACACGAGGAGACGUGGGUCUAACGGGCGAACCAGGGCUCAAAGGCGCCAGAGGAACUCGAGGUCAACCAGGUCAACUAGGAGUCAUGGGGAUGCAAGGUCAGCCGGGGCUGCUGGGAUACACCGGCCCACUUGGCAAACCAGGACCCAUUGGACCACCGGGGCCUAAAGGUGAAAAGGGUUAUCCAGGCGAGGACAAUAAGACCCCAGGUCUGCCCGGGCCCAGAGGUGAACCAGGGCCCGCAGGUGAACGAGGAGAGCGUGGCGAGCCAGGCGAUGAAGGAUACCAGGGUCAUAUCGGUACCACUGGACCUCGGGGUGCAGUCGGACCACAGGGGGCACCGGGAUCACCAGGCCUCCCUGGAGAAAUAGGACCAAAAGGGGAGACGGGGGCCGUGGGAUCAGCUGGCAAGAAAGGAGCGAGGGGACUGACUGGAAGUCCUGGUCCAGAAGGCCGAGGGGGAGCACCCGGACUGGUGGGAAUGGUUGGAUACCCUGGACCAGACGGCCCCCCAGGACUGAUUGGUUUGCCCGGACCGCCUGGGAUUCAAGGACAGCAGGGGCAGAGAGGCCAAGUGGGACUGGAGGGAACCGCCGGACUUCCGGGUCGUAUAGGAGAAGUCGGUCUUCCUGGACAACUCGGAGAGAUUGGACCGCCCGGACAAAAGGGUGACCCUGGUCUGCCGGGGGACGGAGGAGCCCGGGGACUGAAAGGCAUGGAGGGCAGCGUUGGUGAUCAGGGCAGAAAAGGCGACCUAGGACCUAAAGGUCACUCAGGGGAGCCUGGAAAUGUGGGCAUGGUUGGUUUGCAGGGUUUCCCAGGCCCCAAGGGACCAAACGGUGAUUUGGGAUUCAGAGGAUUCCCUGGACCAAAAGGUCCCAUGGGAACUUUGGGAUUCUCUGGACCAGUGGGUCCUGAGGGAAUGAUUGGUCCAAUGGGCAAACCUGGACCAAGGGGUCCAAAAGGAAGUAAUGGUGAAAUGGGACCUCAAGGACUAGAGGGAAGCCCCGGACCGAGGGGACCUCCAGGAGCUCCAGGUCCAACAAUGUUCCUGUACAGUCUCUCGGACUCUGACGCUGACUACACGACCGAGAGUUUCCAGAACACAGAGAUGGGGGUGCCAGAACAAAAUACAGAGAUACUGAAGACUCUGCGUUACCUUAGCGACGUGAUUGAAAACAUCAAGAAGCCUCUGGGCACGAAGGAGAACCCGGCUCGUGUUUGUAAGGACCUGCUGGACUGUCAGCACAAACUUAAAGACGAUUGGUUCUGGGUCGAUCCAAAUGUGGGUUGUACGUCUGAUGCCAUCAAGGUCUUCUGCAAUUUUACAGCAGGGGGGCAGACCUGUUUACAUCCACUGGCCACUAAUAAGAUGGUGUUUGGUGUCGGGCAAGUCCAGAUGAAAUUCCUCCAUUUACUGAGCACUGAGGCCAGCCACAGUAUCACACUCCACUGUCUGAACGACCCACCUGAUGUUAGGGAGAACAGCGUCACCUCCGCUGAAACCACACAUAAACAAAACACCACACUCUGGUUCCGUGGUUGGAAAGACACUAUACUUGAACCGCAUGUGCUACAAGACGAGUGCAAGAUCCAUGAUGGGAGUUGGCACCAGUCACAUUUCUUCUUUCAUACUCAGGACAGUCGUCAGCUACCUGUAGUUGAUAUCAGAGAGUCUCCCACAUCGCAGCCCGGAGGUCGACAGCAUCUAGAAAUCGGUCCAGUCUGCUUCCUCUGACCAGGACGUCACCACCACCUACUUACACAUAAACUACUUCGGUGUAAGGCUGUUCACUGACUGCCUUCCAAACAGAAGCUUGACUACCGAGCUAGAGUAAGUGUUUGAGGGAGCAGGUCAUGUUCCUUGGCUAGUGAAUAAUGGGACUUUGUGAGUGUGAUGAACACCAAGGUCAGUUCCAAGGCAGACCUGUAAGAAUCCGAUCUCUGCGGGACAUCCAGAAGAAGAAGGCCAAAGGAGAAGAGUGUAUAACAAUAUUUAUCGAAUAAAUGUGUACAAAUAUGUUUGUUUCCAUAAUUUCCAGUCAAAAAAAGGUGCUGAUAUCAGCUGUGCACGGACCCUGACGACGGGGUACAGCCUCACAAGGCAGCAGAACUCACAUGACCCCCUCAUCGCUUACCCCCUGACCUCCAAACACACCCUGACCAUCCUACACAGGGGAAAAAAACCGAAGGAGCGUGCCAGGCCUCCACCUCGGAGCACUGUCUAAUUAAAGGUUUAAUAAUGAGUGCAAUAGCAUGUGGAUGAUGUGUGACUGCUCACAGUACUUCAUUUUCCAAGCAGACACGUGUAACCUAGAUUUGUUUUUUUCAUGAUAUUUUCAUCUUCAGUCCAGAUCACUUGGACCUCUUCAUCUUGACAGAUGGUGCUCUACCUCUACCUGCUCAACGCUUUCUAGAAUUAGUCAAAAUUAGUCAUUAUUGCCUUUGUGUUGUGUGUACCGGUUACAUCACCAUUUGUAAUGUUGUAUGAGUACUUUAUGUUGAUUUGGUCAUUUCUAAUUUAUGAACCAUUUUUUUAUACUACAUAUUUUUGUAGAGUUUCCUUCUAUGUGGUGGGCUCUUCAGGACAGGCCUAUCAUUGGUGCUGCAACAUACAAUGAGACAUCAGUGACUUUUUUUUUUAACAUUUCCUGUGUAUAUAUUGACCGCAUACUGUAUGUUUAUUUAUAGCCGUUUUGGUUUCUUUUUUUUCUUUUCUUUUUUUUUUUGCUCACAUCACUGUAUAUCAGUAAAUUAUACUCAGAGAACUUUUUGGUCAACCACAACCCAGUCUGAAGAAGUAUUUAUGUUCCAAAGGUGUGUUUGUGUGUUAGCACCAUGUUUAUCAUACUGUUAUUUCAGCCCAUUCUGUGGUGACUGUGUGGACUGGCAGCUAUAGAAGGCCAGAGUCAGAGCCCAGCCAGCAUAUAUGGGUUAAUUUGUGUGUGAUAUAUAUAACUGUAACCAAAUGCUAUUUGUCCAAAUAAAGCAAUUAUCAAUUGUCCAUGUGGGACAGACCCAUAUCGUCCAAAAUGUUCAGUCCCAAAAAACAGGUUUAAUGUAAAGGUGCUGGCUGGGAAACCUAAGAAUACAGUCCUUCCAUAUUAAGUUAUAUUACCUUGAACAAAGUGUAAUUAUAUAAAUGUCUGUGGCUGAAAAAUGUUGGAUCCUAAUGUGUAAAUAAUAAUAAUAAAAAAAAUGCCAAUUAAAUGCAACAUUUUAUCCAUCAACGAGUCCAUGCUGUAAAGUCAUACUGUAAGUGAUAGACACAUGAAUGUCCGCCAUAAGAACAACCAUCACCGAGAUGCCUUUGAGCAAGGUCUUUGGUCUUCAAACAUCCUUUUCAUAAACUUUCCAAAAAAUAAAUGAAGGGGGAAAAAACAAUAAAAAACAAUUGCAUCUUUACGCAGCAUUAUUUCACAUUAUGACAUAACAUGGAUGUAAAUAACUGGUUAUAUCUUCAGUGUAUAAGUGUCAUAAUUUUUUGAGGGUCAUCAAUCAACAUUUUUACGUAAAAAAACAAAAACUUGUUUACUUU